AUGGAGAUCAAUAUGGGAGCUAGAGUGAUAGAGCCAUUGAUCGUGGGGAGAGUGGUAGGAGAUGUUCUUGAUUUCUUCACUCCAACAACUAAGAUGAAUGUGAGUUAUAACAAGAAGCAAGUCUCAAAUGGCCAUGAGCUCUUUCCUUCCUUUGUCUCCUCCAAGCCUAGGGUUGAGAUUCAUGGUGGUGAUCUCAGAUCCUUCUUCACCUUGGUGAUGAUAGACCCAGAUGUUCCAGGUCCUAGUGACCCCUUUCUAAAAGAACACCUGCACUGGCUCGUUACAAACAUUCCCGGUACAACAGAUGCUACAUUUGGAAAAGAAGUGGUGAGCUAUGAGUUGCCAAGGCCAAGCAUAGGGAUACAUAGGUUUGUGUUUGUUCUGUUCAAGCAGAAGCAAAGACGCGUUAUCUUCCCAAACAUCCCUUCUCGAGAUCACUUCAACACUCGUAAAUUUGCUGUCGAGUAUGAUCUCGGUCUCCCUGUCGCGGCUGUCUUCUUUAACGCACAAAGAGAAACCGCUGCUCGCAAACGCUAGUUUCAUCACUAUUUACUGUCCUUCAUCAUCAGAUGCAAAAACAAAAAACUA